AUGAAAUUUAUUGAACAGGAUUUAAAUCGAAUUGUUCGGCCAUCAGUGAGUGGAAAUGAUAAGAAGGAAUCGGUACCAAGCGUAGUAUUAAAUUCAUUGGCAACAUUUGUUAAAACAGGUUCAUUUAUCGACAAAAAGAAAUUGAAAAAGCAAGUUUCGAUAGCUUCGAAAUUUUCAUUCGAUCGCGAUGUUCUUUCAGUCACCCAAGUAGAUGACGAAGAAGAAGAAGACGCUGAAAGAGCUCGAGCAAAGGAGUACCCUUUUAUGGAUGACUCGCCUCCGAUACCGUCGUUUGUUCCAAAGAACUAUUCGAUUUCUGAGAUUCCGGAAGAAAGCACAUUUGAAGUUGAAAUCGCCGAAAAAGAGGAUAGCGAUGGUGAAAUUGAUAUAUCUUCUUAUUCCCGAAUGACGGCUCCUGUUCGCAAAAAAUCAAGUGUCCAAGAGCCUUUGAAACAACAUCAUAGAAUCAAAGAGGUCAUGGAAAGACCAACUGCUCUAAGCGAAGGGACACGCCCAAUUGUGUCUCAAUCCACUUCACAGCGAAAGUUAUCGUCGCGUUUGAGUAAGACAUCAAAACAUAAAACAUCAGCUACGGAUGAUUUUGUCGAUUUACUGGCUUCGAAAUCUGAAUCGGUUGAUGGGAAAAAGAAUAUGGAAGAAAUUCGAGCUCCUGCGACCCCAUGGAGUAGCCAAAAAUUGCGAAGACCCAUGAAACCUCUUCAACUUCAAAAGUCACUAUCUAUUAAAGACGAUGUCUUCUAUGAUUUGGAGGAUGUUUUGAAUAUUUCACUACCUGUAGUUGAAGAAUAUCAACCUGAAGCUUCCAUAACUUGUGGCUAUCGUCAGCAAUCGAAAAUCACAAGGAUAGAUGUUGGGGAUUCCACCAUAAACGAUCCCGUAAGAACCGAGCUUGGACCAAAAAUCUCGGUGGCAUCUCAUAGUAGUCGGUUGCCAGAUAGGCCGGCACCAUUUUUACGAGAUAUGAUGGAAGGAGAAUUGUGUGAUGAUAUGGAACAACGACGUGCAGAAGAACGGCGGAAUAAACUGGCACGUGCUCUCGAAAAGGCUUCUGCGAAAGUGUCUCAAUCGACAAACAAACGUCGACAACGAGGAAUCGGAUGUUCGGGAAAAAUGCUCAAAAUAAGUUUCGAGAAAAACGCGCUCGAUCAGUUGGAGCCAUCAAUUAGAGAAGUUAUCGAACAAGGAUCCGAUGAGAGAAUCUGGUUUACAACGUGGGUAUCGACGAUUCAAAUCAUUGUGUAUAUUUUCUCGUUGUUCCUCUACGAAGUUGCACCGAUGAUGGAAAACGAAUAUAAAAAAGAAGUCUGGGAUACUUCAGCAACAAUUCGAAGAGUAAGCUAUAUGGAGCAAGGAAAUAUUUGGAUCGGACCGAGAUAUGCUGAUCUUGUACAUCUUGGUGCAAAAUAUUCGCCAUGUAUGAGAAAAGAAAAAGGAUUGUGGAAUGUGAUAGAAGAGGAUAAAAGAAAAGAAGAUCUGACGGGAUGUUGUAUUGCUAACGAUGGUAGUUGCUAUCAGGCUAGUGAGAAAGUGUGUCCUAAAGAAAUUGCUCGGUGGGCUGGUCGUUCUACGAGAAACCCUGAGAAGGUUUUGAGAAAAUCGAAGUCGGAGAGUGAUUUGUUAAAAAAUUCGAAUUUGAUACCACCAGGACGGCGAGAUCUUUUGUGGAGUCAUGACAAUAAUGAUGUGACAUUUGUUUGUGGCCAAGAUCCACGGUUUUGCGAUUUUCCGCGAUCAAUUGAACCUCAUGUUUGGUCGAAAAAUAUAUCAGAUUGGCCGAUUUGUACUAAACCUCAUGAUCGUAGUCUUCCACCGCAUAUGACAUGUGAAAUAAGUGGUCGACCAUGUUGCAUACAACUUCAAGGCCUUUGCCGUAUUACAACUAAAGAAUAUUGCGAUUUUGUGAAUGGAUAUUGGCAUCAAAAUGCGACACUUUGUGGCCAGGUAAACUGUUUUAAUGAUGUUUGUGGAAUGUUACCAUUUUUUGGAAAAUAUCCUGACCAAUUUUAUCGAUUGUUCUUUAGUUUGUUCAUUCAUGGAGGACUUAUUCAUUUAUUCUUGACACUCAUGUUUCAAAUUUAUUUCAUGCGGGAUUUAGAACAACUAAUUGGUUCGACGCGAAUGGCGAUAGUAUAUAUUGCAUCAGGUGUUGGAGGGAAUCUUGUAUCAGCCAUUCUUGUUCCAUACAGCCCUUCUGUUGGACCAUUUGGUUCACAUUUCGGAAUACUUGCUGCAUUUUUUAUCGAUAUUUAUCAUCAUCGCCAAAUUAUAGAAAAUUCACGUUUAGCGUGCACGAAAUACGCUAUUAUUGUGGUCGUUUUGUUCUUCUGCGGUCUUUUUCCGUGGGUUGAUAAUUGGACGCAUAUUGCCGGUUUUUGGUUUGGUUUUCAUGCAACCAUUGUUGUAUUUCCAUACCUAGAUUUUUCUAACAACAGUAAUUCCAAAGGGAAAACACACCAAUAUAGAAAUGUGGCACCAGGCGCAAUCAGUUCCCCAAUAAGCACUGUUGCUUUUGCUGAAUCGCCAAAUGUCAUUUCUAGUCCUUAUAUGUUUGUAAAUAUCAUUUAA